AGCUGGCGGUACACGUGCGUUCACCCGGUUCCCCCUGAGGUAGCGAUGGACGCUUUGGAUAGAGUUGUAAAACCCAAAACAAAAAGAGCCAAGAGAUUCCUUGAGAAGAGAGAACCAAAACUCAGUGAAAAUAUCAAAAAUGCUAUGUUGAUUAAAGGGGGAAAUGCAAAUUCAACAGUAACACAAGUGCUUAGAGAUGUGUAUGCACUGAAGAAACCGUAUGGCAUUCUGUAUAAAAAGAAAAACAUUACAAGGCCAUUUGAGGAUCAGACAUCAUUGGAAUUUUUUUCAAAGAAGUCAGAUUGUUCUUUAUUCAUGUUUGGCUCCCAUAAUAAGAAGCGCCCAAAUAAUCUAGUAAUAGGUCGUAUGUAUGACUACCAUGUGCUGGAUAUGAUUGAAUUAGGUAUUGAGAAGUUUGUCUCCCUUAAAGAUAUUAAGAAUAGUAAAUGUCCUGAGGGAACAAAACCCAUGUUAAUAUUUGCAGGUGAUGAUUUUGAUGUAACAGAAGACUACAGAAGACUAAAAAGUCUUCUUAUUGAUUUCUUCAGAGGCCCCACAGUAUCAAAUAUCCGCCUGGCUGGUUUAGAGUACGUUCUACAUUUCACUGCCCUGAAUGGGAAGAUUUACUUUCGAAGCUAUAAGUUGCUGUUGAAGAAAUCUGGCUGUAGAACACCACGGAUUGAAUUGGAAGAGAUGGGACCCUCGUUGGAUUUGGUUCUGAGGCGGACACAUCUAGCAUCAGAUGACCUUUAUAAAUUAUCUAUGAAAAUGCCCAAAGCCCUGAAGCCAAAGAAGAAGAAAAAUAUCUCUCAUGAUACUUUUGGUACAACUUAUGGAAGAAUUCAUAUGCAAAAGCAAGACCUAAGCAAACUACAAACCAGGAAAAUGAAGGGGCUGAAGAAGCGACCUGCAGAAAGGAAAGCAGAAGAUGAGAACAAAUCAAAGAGAAUUAAAAAGAAUUGA